AGGUAUUAAAAAUAAAAAAAAAUGGAACCCUAGUGAUAACAUUUCCCCUUCCCCUGCUUUCCUUUUCAUUUUCUCCCCCCAAAACCUACCCGAUCGCUUCUUCCAAUUGAAAUCAACAACUAAAACAAAUAAACAAAAGAUCGCCUUCAUGAAAUAAAACGUUGAAUUUUUACGUUUUUUUUUUUUUUGCAAGUUUUCUUUGCAAUGGUGGGGAUCAUGAAUCCAGUUUCGAGAGAAAAGCUCGCGAGUUUGUUCAACUCAGUGAAGCUAGCUAUAGACUUAGCUUCGAAGCUGGAUCUUUGUCAUCAAUUGAAGCAAACUUUGUUGGAGGAAGACGCCGCUACUCUCUCCGAGUUCCUUCCUCGCCUCUUCGACCUUUACUCUGACCCGUCCGGUCCGGUUCGCAAGCUCGCUACCGAGAUUAUUGGUGAAAUUGGAGUGAAAAACCUCGAUUUUGUACCUGAAGUUGCACCGUUUCUGAUAACUGUUUUGGAAGAUGCUACACCUGCUGUUGCUCGACAAUCUAUUGCUUGCAGCAUUGAUUUGUUUCGUCUUAUGCUCGAAAAAAUUGCAAUUCAGGGUCUAUACUCUAGUGAAUUGGACAGUGAUCUGGAAGCAUCAUGGUCAUGGGUGUUAAAGCUAAAGGAGAAGAUAUACUCUAUAGCUUUUCAGCCGGGAAGUGGUGGGAUAAGAUUGGUGGCACUGAAGUUUGUUGAAGCAGUUAUUCUGCUUUAUACUCCAGAUCCUAAUGGCUCUCCAGAGCCCCCUCCUGAUGAAGGAACUCCUGUAGAAUUUAAUGCAACUUGGCUUUGUGGGGGCCAUCCUUUACUCAAUGUUGGUGAUUUGUCGAUUGAAGCUAGCCAACGGUUGGGUUUGUUGCUUGAUCAGCUUAGAUUUCCAAUAGUAAAAUCUCUCAUCAACUCGGUGAUUGUUGUGCUUAUUAAAAGUCUCUCAGCUAUUGCAAAGAAACGGCCUGCAUAUUAUGGACGUAUUCUAUCAGUUUUGCUUGGUUUGGAUUCCCCAAGUGUUGUUAUCAAAGGGGUUCAUGUCUAUGGAGCACAUCAUGCUUUGAAAAAUGCCUUACUCUCCUGCUUGAAAUGUACACACCCAAGUGCUGUGCCGUGGAGGGAUCGUGUACUUAGUGCCUUGAGAGAGAUGAAAGCUGGAGGACCAGCAGAGCUAGCUCUAAACCAAGUUCAUAAAACUAGUGGAAGUGUGGAAGAGGGAAAAGAUGAUUCUUCGGUUAUUAAGAACUUACAGGAAGAAAAACCCUUGGCUGGAGCACGUGAUGCUGCUGGUAGCAAUAUGGGGAGGAAAAGAUCUGUAACUGAGGACUGUAGUGAUUUGGCUGAAAAUGAUGAUGUGUCUGGCAAACGUGUCAGGUCAACACCUAGUGACUCAGAAGAGUCAACAAAAGAGUUAAAGAGGAAUCCUACUAUGUCUCAGGGUGACAUUUGUUCAAAUCAACCGACUAUUAAUAAAGGAGAUGUUGAUACUGGACCGGUCCAGCAACUUGUUGCUAUGUUUGGUGCCUUGGUUGCUCAAGGAGAAAAAGCUGUGGGAUCGUUGGGGAUUCUUAUUUCAAGCAUAUCUGCUGACUUGCUGGCUGAGGUAGUGAUGGCUAACAUGCGUAACCUUCCUCCCAAUCAUCCUCACACUGAUGGGGAUGAUGAAUUGCUGGAGAACAUGAGCAUAGUUGGAAGUGACACUCAAGCCAAGUAUCCGCCAUCAUUCUUAGCUGACGUUGUUUCACUGUCGAGUACUUUCCCACCAAUAGCCUCACUGCUAAACUCCGAGCUGUCUGUUUCCAAUAAAAUAGUGAAAACAGAAGGGGAGGAAGAAGUUGAUGUUGUGGCUGGCCCUAAUAAUGCUGUUGCAUAUGCUGGCAUGGCUCACGAAGCCGAAAAUGCUGUUUUGGCUGCUGAUUUACCAGUUUCUUCGGACAUUGUUUUGCCAGGAAUGGAGAAGAUUGAUCUACCUCCUCCAUCUGAUAUCGAUGAUGUGGGGAAUCUUGAAAGUGAGAUACCUGGCUUGGAUUCUUCUGUUCGUAUUGAUGGAUUGUCAGACACCCAAGCUGCUUCUUCAUUGGUCUCUACUGAUCUAGAAGAUGCUAGUCAAGAGCAAGUUUCAAGUUUUGGUGGAAGGUCACCACUGCAUAUGCUUCCAUCAAUUUCAACAGAUAGGUCUGAGGAGCUUAGUCCAAAAGCAACUGUUAUGGAUUCCAACAGCCUGAUUUCCUCAACAGCAUCUUCUGUUGUUUCAUCCUAUGUUGCCUUGCCCAAGAUGUCAGCACCUGUUGUCAAUCUUUCUGAUGAUCAGAAGGAUGAUUUGCAAAAGUUGGCUUUUAUACGUAUCAUUGAGGCAUAUAAGCAAAUAGCUCUAUCUGGAAGUUUGCAAGUUCGCUUUUCUCUGCUUGCUUAUCUAGGAGUCAAGUUGCCGUCGGAGUUAGACCUACAGAAACUGCUACGAGAACACAUUUUGUCAGAUUAUAUAAAUCACGAGGGACACGAGUUGACAUUGCGUGUCCUCUACAGGUUAUUUGGCGAGGCGGAAGAGGAAAGCGAUUUCUUCUCAUGUACAACUGCUGCUUCUGCAUAUGAAACAUUCCUUCUGGCUGUUGCUGAAACUCUUAGGGACUCUUUUCCACCUUCAGACAAAUCUUUGAGUAAACUACUUGGUGAAGCUCCUCGCCUGCCAAAGUCAGUUUUGAAUUUAUUAGAGUGUUUGUGUUCUCCUGGAAUCGCAGAGAAAGCUGAGAAGGAGUCACAAAGCGGAGAUAGAGUUACUCAAGGCCUCAGCACUGUAUGGAGCCUAAUUCUACUGAGACCUCCCAUUCGAGAUGUGUGCUUGAAAAUUGCUUUGAAGAGUGCAGUUCAUCACUUGGAGGAAGUCCGAAUGAAAGCAAUACGUCUGGUAGCAAAUAAGCUGUAUCCUUUAUCAUCCAUUGCUCAACAAAUAGAAGAUUUUGCGAGGGAAAUGCUGCUCUCUGUAGUAAAUGGCAAUGGUGUAGAAAGAACAGAUGCUGAAGGAUCAAUUACUGAACCACACAAGGAUUCUGAUUCGGAAAAGCCAUCAAAUGAGCAUCAGUCAAUGAGUUCCAUUGGUGAAGACAUCUCUGCUGAUGUUCAUCAGUCAGAAACAUCUCAGAGUGUGUCAUCCCUUUCUGUCCCUGAGGCUCAACAGAGCUUGUCACUUUAUUUUGCUCUGUGUACAAAGAAGCACUCUCUCUUUCGCCAAAUAUUUGUUAUCUACAAGAGUGCAUCAAAGGCAGUUAAGCAGGCAAUCCAUCAUCAUAUUCCCAUACUAGUUCGUACCAUGGGCUCGUCAUCUGACCUUCUUGAAAUUAUUUCAGAUCCUCCUAGUGGAAGUGAGAGUCUUCUAAUGCAGGUUUUGCAUACACUGACAGAUGGGACAGUUCCUUCUGCAGAAUUAAUAUUCACCAUUAAGAAGUUAUUUGAUUCAAAACUAAAGGAUGUUGAAAUUCUAAUUCCAGUAUUGCCAUUCCUACCGAGAGAUGAGGUUUUGCUGCUCUUUCCACAUCUUGUAAAUCUUCCGCUGGAUAAGUUCCAAGCUGCACUUACCCGGUUGCUACAGGGAUCUUCUCAUUCUGCUCCAGCGCUCUCUCCAGCUGAAGUGUUGAUCGCUAUCCAUGGUAUUGGAUCCUGAAGAGAUGGAAUUCCUUAAAGAAGGUCACAGAUGCAUGUAAUGCUUGUUUUGAGCAACGGCAGAUAUUCACCCAGCAAGUUCUUGCGAAGGUCUUAAAUCAAUUGGUUGAGCAAAUUCCUCUUCCUUUGUUGUUUAUGCGUACAGUAUUGCAAGCCAUUGGUGC